AUGCGACCACCCCGAAAAUCAGCGUCUGCGCCCACGACUAGGCAGCCCAGGAACGCUGCUGCAGCUGGACGGCAGAGGAAAUGGCAUCCGCGAGUCUUUACUGGCUGCCUCAAUUGUCGCAAGAGGCACGUAAAGUGCGACGAGCAGACGCCCUCUUGUGCAAAAUGCGCGCGACUAAACCUGCAUUGCACAUUUAGCCGCACCUUUGUUCCGCUCGCUGUCGACCACAAUGUGGCCAACAACAAGACCCCGGCCACCACUUUGAUCAUGGCCGGUCAGGGUGGUGGCGGCCCCGACAUGGCCGGCGCUUCAUCGGACGACCUGGAUGGAGUUUUUGACUGGGCUGUACCAUUGCCUGAUGAGCCGCCUCAAUCCUCUUUUUCCCAAGCCGUUCCGACGACUGAUGAUGGCAUGGACGUACCAUCGUUCCAGCUCUGCCUACCAGCCCAGGUACAAGGCGACCAGAAUACCAUGUAUUACCAACACUACCUCUUCACUGUAUCACCACUCCUCAUCAUCUUUGACACGCCUUGCAACUCUAAUCCCUAUCGGAUGCUACUCAGUCUCGUGGGAGACGAAAAUUCCACUCUCCUUCAAAGUACCAUGGAAGCCCUCGGAGCCAUGCACCUUGCCAGUGUCCCGCAGACGGAGAAGCGUUCCGAGCACCGCGCCGCAGCCAUCAAAUUGUACGCCAACGUCGUGUCGCGGCUUCGACAAGCUCUACUUUCACUCGACGGGCAGGCUGCUAGUCUUGAGCUCCUGGCAAUAUGCCUGCUGCUUUGCAUGUACGAGAAAAUGUCCGCUACCGACGCUUCCUGGAAGGUGCACCUGCGAGGAGCCAGUCAAAUAACCCAGGCCAUGUAUUCACCUGGCCUGACUGUGGCCAACCGAAAUAAAAGUAGUGCGCUUACUCUGGGCAGCGAUAAUCUGCCCAUACGGCGAUUCUUGGUAUCUCUCCUGUCAUAUCUCGACGUUGCGGCUUCGUGUGCGACUGGCGAAGCCCCCUUCAUAGCGGGCGACUAUUGGGAGACGUUGGGGGGCGGGUGGCAGUACAAUUUGGGCGUUCCAGACUUUGCAGCAAGUCACUGUACAGCGAACCGGGAAUUAGCACAGGUUCGCAGUGCAUGGUCGAGGCUCAUGUCGAUACAGGCCGAGAUUAGCAGCUUUGCCAAGUUGCAGCGUUCCGGUCUGGACGAGCAGCAAAAAGACGCCAUACAUGUCGAUUUAGUUUACAGACUGAAGAACUGGCAUGACAGUGCCCCGAAUGUAUUCCUACAGUUGGAAAACCUCAAUGAAGUACCAUUCGAUGCAUUGGAUAGCGAAAUCGAGAUUCUGACCGUCACCGCUUGCGUCGAAAGCUACGCCUCGGCAUGUGCCAUCUACCUCGACAGAAUCGCCACCAAAAGACUACAGCGCGCAGCCGAUGACGACGACGUUAAAUCUGCCGUCGAUAGAGUCUUCACGCUUACCCUAAACUUUUCUCACGGCAUCAGCCAACUCGCCGUCGUGUGGCCACUGCUUACAGCAGGCGUCGCUACAGUGGAUCAGCACCAACAGGAGUUGUGUCGCCAGAAGUUAAACGGCAUGAGGAACUUUGGUUUCAAGCACGUGUCCCGGGCACUAGAGACUUUGGAAUAUUGUUGGCAGCAUAUGGAACGCUACGACAAUGUGGACUAUGACCAGUUUGAAGCCAUGCUGUCUUCCAAUCUGGUCCCGUAG